UCUGCCUAGAAACAUGACAACAAAAAUAAAACUUAAUCCUACAGAUCUCAAAAGAAAGUCCAUUUUUGACUAUACUGAAUUUAACAACCUAACACUUGAUGAGAAGAAGGAUGUAUAUGUUUUAUUGAUAAAAGAAUUGUUAAUCAGAAACGG